CGAAAUGUCAUCUAGGGCUCCACUAAAGUCCAAACCACAAGUCUUGGGGUCAUAAUAUUUAUAACUCUUAACAUCAAGUCCAGAAUGUUUAAAAAUAGGUGUAUGAUUGCCCCAGGAAGGUGUAGGCAAAUAAACAGUCUUGUUCCCUGGGAAGUAUGCAUUUAAAAAGGCACCUCCAAUCCUCAAUGAUCCAGUCCCCGAAAUACCCUGAACGGUUGCAUUACAACCAUUAGCAACGACUUCAGAACCCUCACCCAAUGCUAACUCAAUGCUUCUUUUGCAGAAGUCAGCUGUGCCUGAAAUUGGUGCAUAUUCUUUAUCUAAAUUCUUAGAUCUAAUGACUUCCUCAGCUUUUUUCACACUGGGGAGAACAAAUGGUUUUCCAUCGUCAUCCCUGUAAGCACCCACACCCAAAUUGAUUUUUUUGGGGUUGGUGUCGCUUUUAAAGGCUUCAGUUACCCCCAAAAUGGCAUCUGGGGGGCCCAUAGCCACCUGGGACCACCAUGACCUAAAAAGUAAAAAAUUGAAUUAACCUACCCCAAUACGUCACUUAUUAAUAUUUAGAAGGGAGUACCUAUUACAUAAAAAUUUUGUUAUAUUAACUUACAUUGCCCUUGGUUUUAUAGUAUAAAUGGUUUGCCUAAGGGACAUUUUGUAAAGUGUUGUUUUCUGGUUUAUCUACUGAUAACAGCGUGUGCCUCGAAUCUUAUGCUUAACGCGAUUGAGAAAGAAAUGAAUGAACGUCUUCAAGAAAUCUAUUUUAAACGUAAACUAGCAAAUUGAUGACGUUACCGGCAAAAAAAUAUUUCCAUAUGUAAGGUCAUCUAAAGGUCAAACAUUUCGCAAAAAAGUAUGAAAUUUUUUUACACAAUUUAUUUUGUUUGUGCUUAUUUAUUUAUUAGUUUUUUUACCAGUAAAAUAAAUAAACUUUAAUUCAAUUAGCUAGUUUUUUUUUUAUCUAAGGUUCCCCACCUGUCAAAACGUCAAAAAAUCGGCGCAUGCGCGAUUUAGAUAAACAGGUGGAUAUGUUUGUUCUAUUCUUUUCGUUCUUUUCGUUGUAGUUUUAUAAAUUUUGUUUGUUUAUGUAUGAUUUACGUAAUUCUGUUUCUGACGUCAAUUUGCGCGGGAAAACAGCAUGAGUGAUUUCGAUAGAUUAAAAUAUAAAAUAAACAAAUUGGCAACAUGUAUUAAAUGUUGUAAUUGUAAUCAAAUAGUACCAAAUUCAAUUGACCUACAAUGUAAACAUUUCUGUUGUGAAAAAUGUUAUAAAAGUAUUAAAAACAAAUGCCCUAAAUGUAAAGAACAUGUAGAAGGGGUAACUUAUGAUGAAAAUGUCACUGCUAUUGGCAAUGUUUUAAAAAAACUAUAUGACAGUAUUAACACAAAUUACAAUGUGAACUUUGAAACAUUAAUUAAAGAUGAUGAAAUAUUGAUUUUAAAUCCUGUAAAUAAAAAGAUUACAAAUCAAAAUACAAAUGAACCUGUCCAUGAUAUUAUAAAGCCUUUAAAUGAUAAUAAAACUGUUAAAAAUAAAAGAAAAAAUUCUCUUAAUGCAAGCAAUAAAACUAACAAGUCUGCCACUAAAACCAGAAAAACUAAAGAUAAAAGUUUUACAGAAGUUACAGUCGAAAAAAAUAAACGAACAUCAAAAAAACACAAAGAAAAUGUUGUUACAGCAACUAAAAAUUAUAAAACAGAUGUUGUUCAGUGGUUAAACAGCAACAAAAACGAUUUCGAUAGAAUAACACAAACCCAACAAAGGAUUGUUGAUGACAUUGCUUUAGAAGGAACAACCCCAUCUAUAUCUCAAUUAAAUAACCCAAAAAUUACCAGAAGAACAACCAGAAAAACCAAUAAUAAGAAAACGCGUUGCAAAUCAUUGGAAGUGCAAAUAAAAAAACCUCGGAAUAAUAUGGAGCAAAGACAUUCAAUCAGUUCUGAAUUAUUAGGCAAAGAGAAUUAUAAUAUUGAUGAUAUUAAUACGGAAGAAAUUAAAAAAAUUGUUAAAGAAACCGAGGUAAAAGUCAUCGAAAAUUUGCUUGAAGAUGAAUAUCUAGACAGGUUAGAAUCUGAGAUGUUGAACAUUAAUAAGGACCAAAAAAAUGAGGAUGAAUCAAUGACUUCGUCUGGUUGGGAUAGGAUUAAAGAUAUAAGUAAGAAAAUAUCAAAGAAAGGUAAAAAACAGUUAAAUGUUACGCUGGAACCUGUAAAUACUUCACAGGUUCAUGAUUUUAAAGGCAAAACUGCUUUUGUUAAACUUUUGGAUAUCAGUAAAGAUCCAAAUAUUAAUUUAAGUGGUGCAAGUUUAAAAAAGCAGAAUUCUGAACAUCAUAUGGAAAUUUUAAAUGUUGUGGAUAAUAAAAAUGAUGAUUUGGAAAUAUUAAAUGAUAAGUCUAAUAAUUCAGUUAAAGAAAAUGAUAUUCAUAUCAUACUUGAAACUUAUUCAAGUGAUGGUAAAAAAGAUAAAGAAAAUAUUAUUGAAGUGUCCCAAGGGACAACCACUAAAGAUUUAAAUAGUAACAAAAAUAAUUUAGAUUCCAGUAUUUUGGAGAAACUACAACUUAAGUUAAAAAACACAAUUUCUUUAUUAGUUGAAAAGAGUUUCAAUAAAAAUGUUGUACUUAAAAAUUUGGAAGAAUGUGAAGAACAUGUCAAUAUGUUAAAAAACACAAAUCCUGAAAAAACUUAUUUAGAAAAAUGUGUACAAGUUACACAGAGCAAAGAAAACAAAACAAUUCAAACCUUUUUCGAACAAAACAACAUAUCAGUACAAACAGAAAAUGCAGACUUGAUAAAUAAAUCUCCACAGACAAAAACGCAAAAAAAUCCUUCACAAAUAUCACAGAACAUUAUAAGAUCUCUAUCAUCCGACCCUAUAGAUAACUUGAUAAUAAACUCACAAGGACUGGUUGAAGGAUUUAUUUCUCCUAAACAAAACAAUAAUCAGGAACAUUCAGAUGAAAUUAUUGGAAAUAAAAAAUCAAAUAAGAGGCCAAUGGUCAUAGAUUCGGAUGAAAGUGAAGAUUAUGCGCCGAAAAAGCCGUGUUUUAACAGAUUUACUAAAUCCAAUUUGUCCAUUAAAUUUGAAUCUCAAGUGGGGGAUUCACCAAAAAAUUCUGAUGACAAGAUGAACUUAUCUGAAAAUAUCGAUUAUGAGGAUUAUUUGGCAAAGGUAAUGAAAAAAUAUGACGACGGUUCAAUGAGCAGUGAAAUAAUUAACCCAGUAAAAAUCCCAACUCAAAAUAAAGCAAAUCUAGAAAAUUUGUCACUAAGCUUUGAAAAAAACGAAAAUUCAGCAAAAUCAAAAAAAAGUCAAAGGUCGAGAGAAACUUCUCAACCAGGAAAACUGGGUAAAUCUCAAAGAACACCCAGUAGCAUUAAAUUUGACGACGAAAACUAUUUUGACGAAUGCUGCAUAACAAAUAUAGACAAAGAAAUUGAAAAUUAUAAACACCAUAAACACAGCGCCACAGAAUUAUCGGAUAUAAUUUCGGAAACCGAGGAUAUACAGCCUUUAAAAAAGCUGAAAAGGGCUGAUGUAAAAAAAAAUAAAGCGGCCAGCAUUGAACAAAAUCGGGAUAUAACGGAUUUUGAGAAUGAGGAUAUUGAGAUAGAAGAAGAUGAGUUGGUGGAAAUAGAAAGGAAGGCGAAGGAAAAUAAAAAGAUUAAUGUAUUACAGGAAGUAAUACUACAAAAUCCAAACAAUGAGGAUAGAAAUACACCAGGCAGUGAUAUUUUUGAAAAUGAAGAUAAUCUUGAUAUUAUUGAAGCUACCCCUCCUAGAAAGGAAAUUAGGAAUGAGAGCCAAAAUUUAUCUCAAAUCCCCCAAUUUUCUACGCUAGAAAUGGCCGCAUUCGACGUGGCUUUACCCCCUCCAGCGGAAUUUUGCGACGUCGCACCCGACGACUUGGAAAUAAAAAACACACCAACAACGUCGACGAAUUUGAACGAUUCUCUGUUCGUGAGAUCUCCAGAAACCGUAAAAUCUCUGGAUAUUUCGCGCACCAGCACUCCACACUCGAGGUGUAAAAAACCGGAGUUGAAUUUUUCACCGAUAUUCUCGCAGAAUAGGAAAGUAUUAACGCAGACGCCCAAAAGCAGCAUGCUAAGUUGCAUACCAGGGCAAAAGAGCCUUUUUAGUUACUUAAAAAAAACGCCGAGCACUCAACAGAGUACACCGGAGAAAGUUGUCAAUACGAGUUUCCGGGAAAAACCUUUGGUCACUUCAACGCGGAUCGAUAAGGACCAAAUGAUCGGAAUAUCGACUUUGGCGCACAGAAAAAUAAUCGCCUACACGACAACCUACACGGAAAACGUCACACACUUAAUUGCAAACGUGGACAAAAACAACUACGUGGAAGAACACACAAUGAAAUUUAUUCUGGCGGUGGCCUCAGGUGCUUGGGUGCUAAAUGUGGGAUGGAUCAAAGAAUGCUUGGAGAAAAACAGGGUUGUACCGGAAGCACCAUACGAGGUUUUAGAUGGGAGCGGCAUAGCAGGCCCUAAAAUAUCCAGGCUGACGAGGAAAAGUAAUCCGUUGUUUAGGGGGUUCAAGUUUUGUUGCAGGCCCCCUUUUCAAAGUGCUGUUAAAGAUGACGUUGAGACAGUUUUGCGUCUUUUAGAUGGUAAGAUAGUAAAUGAUAUUAGUACCAUGGGAAUCAAGGAUGGGCUUCAUGGUAUUAUAGUUUCAGAAAUUGUGGGCACCCAGGAUUUUGAUAUUUAUGAAAGAAUGUUGGAAAAGUAUAAAUGUGUCACAGUGGAUUUGGAAUGGAUUAGCAAAUCUGUUGCACAAUACCGUUUAACCAGUGUAAGGCCUUAUCUUUUGUGUUCUGAGGACUUAAUUUGUGACUUGGGAUACCCCCAACCUCUGUUAGACUUCGUACCUCUUACUGGUACAGAAGAUGAUUAAUUUAUUUUUUUGUUAAUUGUAAUUAUAUAUAUUAUAUUUUAUGUAUUUUGUACUCGAUCAAUUAUAUAACUGUUUUGUACAUACAAAAUGUUUUAUUUAUAUUUGGAAAGGUUAAAAAUAAUAAUCAGAUUAUUCUACAAAUGUUUAUAUUACAAAACAAAACAAAAUUAUACAUAAUUUACAGCUUUAAUUACAACAUGUAGCUACAAACUAUGAACUGCCUAAAUGAAAACCUCAUAAUAUUAAUUUAUAAAAGUACAAAAAUCCCAAAAAUACGUGUUAAAAAUAGGGAUUUAUACAUUUUUUUUUAAUACAAAACUAUACUUUAUAAAGAAUUAUUUAAAUUGUAAUCAAAAAUAAGAUACACAUCUAAAAAUUACUUAAUCAUUAUUAACUAAUAAUGUACAGUUUAGAAAAUAACUAUGUAUAUAACUAGUAUGGCUGUGUUACUGGCAAAUAUACAUAAGUAACUCUAAGAUAUUUGUCCCUGAGUAUCAACUACACCUAAGUAAACUUUAAAAAUUUACUAAAUUAUUCUAUAUUAGUAAAAGUCUUUUUGCAAAUGAAAUAAAAUGGCACUACAAAUAUAGGGUGAUCCAACUUGAUACAAUGAGUAUAAAAAAGAAAAUAUAUUUUAUAAAAAAUUUGUACCUUGUUUUAUAAACCACUCUAUAUUUUCACCUCAAGUAUCAGUAAUAAAAAGUUUUUUUUUAAUACAGCUUGGCACAAUUUUUACAAUUUAAAAAUCAGUCAUCUUAGUCUUCAACCAAUUGAUUUAGUCCCAGGCUGUGUAAUUUGGAAAGUAUAUAUAAAAAAUUCCGCACUCAAAAAUAAUUAUUCAUCCAAAAUAUUUACAUAAGUCUUUAAUUUCGAAUCAAGUCUUAAAAUUAAUUUAUUACUGACAUUGGGUAAAUUCGUUAUUUUAUUUAGUACAAUCAUUGUCACACGAAACACAUACUUAUUCUUAGAAUAGCAAUUUGAGCAAAGUGGUGCAAAAUCAAAAAUUUACAUUCAUGAUAUCAAAUCAAACGCAAUUUUUCUACAAAACAAUAAAAUUAAGGAAUAAAAUGCAUGUUGAAUAAAGAUAAGUAGGUUUAAAAAGUCCAUAACUUAAAUUUGAAACCAAAACUUUGGUGUUCAAAUAAGUUGUAAAAAAAUAAAUAUAUGCUAGGCAAAUAUGUCUGAUGGCGAAAUACAGUAUUGUAACUCCACUGUCAAAACAGCAAAGUGUCGCGCUAAUGAAAUACUUGCUUAAAACAUAAAAUUAAGUCAUACUUGGGAAAAACUACACGAAAAAAUGAAUUAAAUUCAUAAAUAUCACAACAGUUUUUUAUUCAUAUUUACAAAUUGAAUUGGAAAUAUAAAAUGUACAUGUGUUACUCAUUUAAUUAAAAAAAUCUACAUAUCAGGUCAUUCUAAAAAUGGCGUCUACAUUAAGUCAAAUUCUCAGCUUGGUUUUGAAGAAUUCUGAUGGUGCAUGUCAGAAUCUCUUCGAAUUACCAUCUGAAAAUAAAGAGUCGUUCUUUAACUAAUCAAAAUUAAGUUAAUUAAUUAUGUCAUGGCCAUAUGCAGAAAUAAUUGUUUGUAGCAUCUGCCAACAUGUAUAAUAAUAGCUUUGCUAAAAUCAAUCUAGUUCUGAAAAUCCUAGGCAUGCGCAUUUUAAAUUUUGAACGCCUAGGAUGUCCGUACUAGUUUGAG